CUGGCUAAUGUGUGGAAAACGUGUAACAAGAUCCGGGCGGCGGCGUUCCGCGUGGGGCUCAACCUGUGGGACUGGUACCGGCCGCUAGACCCCAGCGGCAACUGCCUCAUAUCUGAAUCGAAGUUCAUAUCGGUGCUAGCUGGUCCACUGCGGUCGGUGAUCGGGCUGACUGACGAGGAAAUCUCGCAGCUCGCUGACUAUUUCCGUGCGCAAGAUGGCCGCGUCUUGUACCAUCAGCUAUGUCAAAUUAUACACGGGGAGGACGCUAGUGACCGCAACAGGACGUCGUCAGACUGUUUGCUAGAGGCAUGUCCACCACCGCCUGAGCCUCGCUGCCGCACCCUGGACCAGUGGCAGUUGCGACGGCUGUGCUGUUUGCUGGCGACCAUCGCACAACGGGACCUGCCACUCCGACCUUACUUUCAGGAUUAUGAACUAGUGGCCAAAAAUGAUGGACGCAUAACAUUCGCUCACUUUGCUCGAAUCUUGAACUUUGUGGGUAUCCUAUUGUCUCCUGAGGACUUCAAUCUCUUGGUGCGCCGCUUCAUCAAGGACUCCUAUACCAUCGACUAUGUGGAGUUUCUUAAAGCUUUGGAAGCUGUCAAAAAGGAAGGAAUACAAGGGUUGGGACCGGCGUACCUAAAUCCAAACGCAGUGAUCGAUACGACCCCACCCAAACUAUCGCGGCCGGAGAUAGAAGCCGGGCUGCCCAGUACACUGCUCGGUGUCGAGGUGUUUCAUCCGGCAUUGCAGCAGCCCAAACCCACCCGAGGACUAGUGGACAUCAUGCUUAGAGUGCAGGAGUUCGUGAUGCAGAGGCGAAUCAGAGUCUCCGAAUUCUUUAGGGACUUCGACCCUCUUAAUAGUGGGUGCAUCAGACCACAACAGUUUCGUCGCGCUCUGGACACGAUGGGUUUUAACGCCAUACUCUCGGAUAUGGAAGCCAUGUGCAUUAUACGGCACUACACCGACCCCAAUGAUAAAGAACGAGUCUGUUGGAGAACCUUUGAGGAUGACUGUGACCAAGUGUUCACCAUCAAAGAACUGGAAAAGCACCCGGACGUGCAACCAGGGGCAGUUGCAGCAGCAGUCUCACAGCUUCCGCCACCUGGCUCUGCUGUCGAGAGCAACCAGCUAACUGACCAACAGCAAGAACUGGCGGAGGCAGCUUUAUCACGGAUAAGGGCGGCUUGCAAGGAGAGGGCCGUUGAUCUGCGACCUAUCUUCGGAGAUCAUGAUGCACAUAAGAGUGGGCACGUGGCGCACGCGUGGGUGCGCAGUGCGCUGUCCCGCGUGGGCGCGCUGCCGCCGCCGGAGCUCGUGCGCGCGCUCGAGAUGCGCUACCUGGACCGCAACGGAUUCAACUAUCACGCGUUACUUCGAGACUUAGAGGAUCAAAGGGCGGAGGGUCCAAGUGAGGUCGGAACGGUCCCCCGAAGCCGCGUCACGUCUCGCUCCUCACCGCACGAGACUGACAUCGUGCAGAUCCUCGCCAAGAUCAAAGGAAAGAUGGUGCGCGAGGGUAUCCGACCUCGUGAUUUCCUCCAGCAGUUCGACAAGCAGAACGAGUUGGUGAUCCCUCGCGCGGACUUCUACCGAGGGCUGGCGUCAGCUGGACUGUCCCUCACACCUGUGGAAAUGGACACGCUCAUGGAAGUAUUCAGUGCGCCAGGGCGGCGGAGGUUCGUGGAGUACGACAGGCUGUGCGCGACGGUGGGCGAGGCGCUGACGCAGGGCGGGCUGGAGCGCGCGCCGCUGCUGCAUCCGCUCGCGCACGCGCCGCCGCCCGCCACCAACACCUUCCUCAACUUCGAGGAGCGCAGCGUCGUCGCCAAGGCCAUAGACAAGCUGGCCAAGCACCACGACCAAGUGUCCAACAUACUCGAGGUUUUCAAGGAGGCGGACAAGGAGUGCUGCGGCAGCGUCCCGCCUGCCGUGGUCCAGCGGGCACUGUGCCGCCGCGAUCUGCUAGCCUUACUGUCCGCACGAGAGCUGGAGCUGAUCUGCAAGUGCUUCGGAUACAAACGCGGCUGUGGAGACGAGGUGAACUACCGCGCCCUGUGCUCGGCUCUGGACAUAGUGCAUGCAACGUCAAAGGCGCAGCCUUGCUGA